AUCCUGAUCAUUGUCCACGAAACACAGCAAAUGUUUUCGAUACAUCGAUGAAUCAUUAGAAUCCUAUUUACAUGCCGAUAUCGAAAAGCUAUCAAUACUGUCGAUAAACCAGGAAAGCAAAAAUUCAAUUAAAGGCAACUCUACUGAACAAUAAAUCGCCGCACAAAAACUAAAAAAGAAAAUUGGCGGAAAGAGAAAUCAUACUAAACAAACGCGUGGAAGUGAAUUUUAUAUAUUUGAUUCAGAAAUUAAAAAUUUACUCUACUAAAAAGCAUAAUGGGAAAGGAAAAGAAACAAUUUAAUAUUGGCGACUUGGUAUUCGCUAAGGUGAAGGGCUACCCAGCAUGGCCAGCAAAGAUUACUAAGUACAACAAUAAAAAGUACAGCGUGUACUUUUACGGAACGGGAGAGACUGCAAACAUCAAAGUGGAGGAUCUUUUCCUAUAUGCGGGAAGUAAAGAAAAGUUUGCUACCGACAAAAAUCUUAAGCGUUCAAACUUUCGUGAGGCUAUUGAGCAGAUAGAGGCGGCAUUAAACGGAGAAGAUUCGGCUCCUAUCGAUUUACCGGGUGCUGCAGCGUUGGGAGACGAAACCUUAGAUGAUGGCACUGAGGCAUUCGCGGAUAUCACGGCUGAAGAUUGCCAAAUGGAUGAAAGUGCCAUAGUUGUCGGAAUAGAAGAAGGGAAAGAUGUAGCAAAUCAAAUUGAUGAACAAUUGAGGGCACAUAAAAUAAAAGAAGAUAAACAAGUGCCACUAGUAACGUCUACGACGGAUAACCCGGAAUUAGUCAGCCGCAGUGGUCGCAAAAUUAAAACAAAGCGAUACAUUGAUGAAGUACAGGAUGGACCCUCUUUAUCUCAUUCACCACCUUCGAAGAAAAAAGUACCAGCAGAAGGUGUAUCUUCUGAUGCGAAAAAAUCUGCCAAGAAAUCGGGCAGCUCCUCUAAGCCAACAGCUACCAUUACGCCCACCGUUAAGCCCUCUGGCGGCAAUAAGAGUGAAUUAUUUAACAAUUUAUUACUAGCUUUUGUGCCGCCAGCCAAAUGUGUUGGAAUCAAGUUGGACUUCGGGAAACCGGAGUCAUUUCCAAGUACGGCUGAGCGAACUAAAUGGGAAGAGAAAGCUCGAAAAGAUGCUGAAGAAUUAAAGGAGAAGCUAGAGAUUGGCCAAAUUAAACUAGAAGCUGUAAAGGAUCGUGUGAUCAUAAAUCCUCCUCGAGCAAAGAUUCAUCAAGAUGCUGCAAAUAGAUUCACCAAUCAGAUGAUAGAGCAGGAGGAUGCGCUUUUCGUUGAGCGCGACUUUAUACAAAUAUCACAGCAAUUGCGUGAAAGCUUGGGAUUGAAAAGUGCUGACGUAAAUCGUUGUGUGGACCUACUCAAGCAAUAUAAAGAUUUCGAAUUAACACAGUUAAUGUUGUUACGUAAUCCAGAUUGUGUGGACAUCAUAAGGCGCUUACGCCGCUAUGUUGGAAAUUUGAAAGAAUGGUCACUGAGCGCCGACGAAGAAAUUGAAUUCAAAGCCAAGGCGGAAACCAUACGCAACGAAGCAGUUAUUAUAUACAACUACUUUAAAAAACUGUUUAAAAUUUCAGGCGAUCAGCAGUUUUGGGAACCUUUCUGUGAUCAAGUAAAAACGUACAAAGAAUGCACGAAACAUAUUAGUGAGCAAAAUCGCAUCACAAUGAGUGAGAAAGCGUAUAUGAAUAUUUGUGCUAAUCGCAAUAGAGAUGAGAAAAACUCAGAAAAUAAAGAAAUAGGGUCAAAAAGUACUGUUGAGAAGGAACACUUGAACGAAGAAUCGGGCAUAACGAUGGAAAGUCAGAAACAAGGGUCAGGAAUGAUGGAAGGCAAUGCUGAAUUGGGUACGGAAGAUUCCCUCGUCAUCGCUGAAAGCAACGUACUUGAAACGCGCGUGGAAUCCUAAAUCUCUCCUUAAAAAAGUCAAAUAUUCAAAGAAAUUACACGAUUUAUUGGCUUCAAUUUUCAAACUUUGCGUUACUAAUUCCAUGGUGGCACAGAAUAUGUAAAAAACAAAUACCAAAACACGAGUUUAUAUACAUAUAUAUGUUUAAUGUAUGUAUGUAUGCUUAGGUACUGAUUAACUAAACAGAAAACAUGCUACUGGUAUAAUUGAUAUACAUACAUAUGUAUGUAUAUACAUAUUUGUAUAUUGUUUUUUUUUUUUAUAUUGUGUUUAUGCCAAAACCAUUACGAGGUGUGUACAAUAAAUAUAAAGUAUUUUUCGUUUAAAUUCGCACUUGUUUUUGGAAAGUGUUUUAACCCAAAAUUUACCAUUUGUCAGGAAGCACAAAGCCUACUUUUUGCAAAAAUUACAAAAAAAAUAAAAUAUUGCCUUAGCUUUUGUUUACAGGUAAAUGUCUGGACCCUUCUAAAUAAAAAAUUUUUUGUAAUGUUUACAGUUUGUACAUUUACUUCUAACAAAAGCAAUAAAUAUAUCGGCCCUAUCGCGAAUUUCACAUAUUCCCAAAAAUUAUAAGCAAAACAAAAACAAAAAAUUGGCGAUAGGGCUGAUAUAAAAAAAAAAAAUUAGUGUGCUACAAAAAACCAACAUCAGGCGGUUGCAGCGACCUAGAAUAGGUCAAUUCUUCAAUCGACGUCAAUCUAAACUAACGGUAUGCCUAGGAAUGUACUGUAUCACAAGGUCCGACCUUUUCAAUUGACCCCUUGAUGGGGUUUGUUUUUUAGUGUUUUCUGAUAACUAGAAAAUUUUGUUAAUACAAUUUCGAAUAACGAGUACGAUAUACACGUGUAUAGGUUAUUUUUCCUACUAAAAUUGCAUCACUUAACACGAUUCAGUUUGAAUUUUGUUUACUGGUUAACUGCAUUUGUGAAACAAGAACACCAACCAAACUAUCUAUGUCCCAUAUGUACAUACAUGGCUCAUGAACACUUAUAAGCGAUCGAAUUAGUUUGUAUAAAUUUAAACGCUGCGAAUGCACAUACAUUUCUAGUUGGUCAUUUUCAGCAGUACAUACAUACAAUAAAUCUAUUCAUAUCCGUAAAA